UUAUUUUAAAAUAAAUAAAUUGAGCUGGUGGUAUAGUGACUGGUUAGUCCUUGAAUUAUACCUUGCCUUUUAAGUACACUCAUAAUUUUCUACCCAUAUUUUUCUUUCUUCUUCUACCCCUUGGAACUUCAAUUUUUCUUCAUAACUCAUAAGUGGGACUUACAACGUAUAUUCAGAGAGCAUGCCUGAAUGUCCAGAGAAAGGGAGAGAUCAGAUGAUGAGGUAGGGAAGAAGAUCAAGAGGGAAGGAGAUGGUCAAAAAGGAAGGAGACAACACAUGUUAGGUAGUCAACAACAAGCUGCUUCUGGAGGAACCCUAAAUACAAUCACCCCUUGUGCUGCAUGCAAGCUCUUGAGAAGAAGAUGUGCUCAAGAAUGUCCCUUUUCUCCUUAUUUCUCUCCUCAUGAGCCCCAAAAGUUUGCUUCGGUUCACAAAGUCUUUGGUGCCAGCAAUGUCUCAAAGUUGUUAAUGGAAGUGCCUGAGAAUCAAAGGGCUGAUGCUGCAAAUAGUCUAGUUUAUGAAGCAAAUGUGAGGCUAAAAGAUCCAGUUUAUGGAUGCAUGGGUGCAAUUUCUUCUUUGCAACAACAAGUCCAAUAUCUAAUAGCUGAACUCAAUGCUGUGAGGGAUGAAAUAAUCAAAUACAAACUUAGGGAAGUUAAUAAUACCAUCAUACCCUCAUCUUCUCAUCAUGUAAUGCUUCCUUCUUCUUCAUCAUCGGAGGUCGUAUCUAUCGCCGUUCCGCCACCUCCUCCGCCACCUAAUCAUGACAUACUUCCUCCUAAUUCUUCAACUUCUUCUUCCAUGGUUUACCCCCAACAGACUGAUCCUUCCAAUUAUGGGACAAUUUCAAGUGAUAAUAUUUCCUAUUUUGGUUGAAUUUGAUAAUCAAGAUAGAUGAUUAGGUGUUAGAUAUUAUUUAUACAUAGUUCUCUCAAAGAUGCAUUAUUAAUCAGGAGGAAUUAGAAAAGGAGAAUAUUGUUGCCAUCAUGCUCCUAAUCCUAAUUAAUUUUGUUAAUUAUGAUUGGAUGUGGCCUGUGAGGUCAAAAUUUUCCCCCUAUAUAUAAUAGUUUGUAUUGUUGUGUUAAAUGCAAGUUUUGUUUUCUUCUA